AUGAGCAGCAUCUUUCACCCACUCGACUCACCCUUGGACCCACUCACUCUGUCCCCCUUGACACCCAUCGCAUGGGAAUCCGAAUCGGGCUGGACGUUGGUCCCCCGGUCAUCCGACGGCGGCGACGACGACGACAACAACAAGAACCCCACCGCAGAGAACGGGUACGGGAACGACGAGACGACUCGUCGUUCUCUCUGGUCCACUCUCCGCAAGAUGACCAUGAUCAGACGCAAGGUCACCUCGAACAGAGGUCUGGACGCCGUGAGGGUGCUGCUGGACGAUGAGCUCGAGCAGAGCGGCCGUCUGUUGGCGAGGCGAGGGAGAGAGAGGAAACCGAUACCUAUGGAGCUCAUGAGAGCCGACGACGACCAAGCUCCACCUUUUCACCCCGACCACCCGACCAUCUCGACAGAGGCCGAAGGAACGAUCAAGACUCGUACGCCAGCAAGGAGAGAAAAACACUUUGAUACGUCUUCGACUGGGACAUGUUCUCCGUCCACCAUGGCCGCGACAGCUUCCCCUUGGUUUUUCUCUUCCUCUUACACUCAGUCUGUUAUCCAAUCUCCUCCCUCUCUACGUCCUCUCCCUCCUCGGUCGGCUUGGCAUCUCCUAAUCUCAUCUGUCCCACCCCCACCCUUGUCAGAAUCGACAUCUCCUCGUCACCUCGAGCUCCAACGUUACCCAGUGUCCACUCCAUCCUUGUUGCCGACAACACGGAAAUGCCGAAUGUCCCAAGUCUCUCACACGUCUGAUCCAGCCAGAGAUGAGGAACGAUUCGAUUCUUCUCCGUCCAUCCAUCCUCCCUCGUCAUUCUCCACUCCUCGGUCUUCCGUAAUGACCACUACAUAUCUCACGCCUGUGGACUAUCGUCGUCUAGCAAAUCACACUCUUGAUCCUUGGUCGACUCCCGCGAGCUUUCUCUCCCCUCGUCCUGCCGAUACGCCCGCCGACACAACUUUGGAUCGCAGCGUCGUAGUGCAUCGUGACCGAUUGUCGGCGGACGAGAACGACGAACAGAGUCUGGUGGUGGACGUUGAAGAGGUGGGGCAAGCUUCGUUCGAAACGCCAGGUUGGCUGCUCGCGAGGUUGGCCUCAUGGCAAGCUCAUGGACCUGGUACGGAGGUGUGCGUUUUUGAGAAAAAGAUGGCUUACAGAUGCUCCGUCUGGGGAUCAAAACAACCCAACCCAUGGCGGAUGGCGGACGAUGCUUUGAAUUCUUUAAAGCAUGCUGUCACCAAAUCCAACAAACACAUCGCCCUAAUAAAAUUCUUCAUAGCUCCUCCCACACCCCGCGGGUGGGUCAAAAACAUUGAAACCUGUGCAAAAGUCCAAUACCAUGAUGAACAUGGAGGAUUUACCCAGUACUUUUGA